GUCUGACUUGCGCAUGCUUCAAAAAAGCUAAUAGGUGCUGCUAGCUACAAUGGUUUGUGAGAAAAUUAAAUCCUCUCAUCGAAAUAAGUUAACUUUUAAUUAUCUGAACACACAGGUUAAGGCACGGAGCGAAAACUAACAGGAAGCUGAAGAGUUUUGUGCUUGUAAAUUUGUUCUUAUGGAGCUUUUUUAGUGGAGCUUCCUGCUGAAGGCGGGCGCGUGGCUUCGGUUGCGAUGAUCAAGUUCGUGCUCAUGGUGAACCGGCAGGGUCAGACCCGACUGUCCCGGUACUACCAACCCGUGGAGCUGAGCCGGAGGGCGGCGCUGGAGGCCGAUGUGGUUCGCUGCUGUUUGAGCCGACAAAAGGAGCAGUGUUCGUUUGUGGACUACAAGGACUUUAAGUUGGUGUAUCGUCAGUAUGCUGCCCUCUACAUAGUGCUAGGAGUCACUGACAGCGAGAACGAGCUGUCGGUCUUCGAGCUGGUCCAUAACUUCGUGGAGGUCCUGGACAGAUACUUCAGCCGAGUGAGCGAACUGGAUAUCAUGUUCAAUCUGGACCGAGUCCACAUCAUCCUGGACGAGAUGAUCCAGAACGGACACAUCGUGGAAACCAACAAGAGUCGGAUCCUCGCCCCGCUCACUGCCAUCGACAAGACAGCCGACAGCUGACGCCCGACGCCAUGUCACAGACUUACUUGUUAAACCAAAUGUGGGAUUAUCUGCGAUAAAGUAAAUUAAAUGUUGGACUGAGGACGAACAGAACACAGAACUCGUCUGUACUUCAUACUUUGCAAACAUUUUAAUGAUUAUUUUUUUGGAGCAUACACAUUUGAAAAUAUCUGUUUACCUCAAACUGCAACUCGAGUUAAAUAAAUGUUUAUAAUAUACAAAGAAAAUACAGAGAGCAGAGCUGCUGACGGCGCCUCCCACCGUCCACCAGGGCGGCGCACUCACACAGAAACCAAAACACAAACAAACAGGAGGAGCAGGAGGAACUGAAAACAGAAGCUACGAGUCAAACCAGGCACUAAAUCCAACAGACAGGAGGAGGUCCACACACACACACACACGCGCACACGCACGCAUACACACACACACACACAG